CCGGUCUACUUCCAAGCUAAGUUGCAAAGUAGCAGAGAGGGAGAGGAAGAGAGAACCAUGGUUUUCUGCAAAUGGGUUUCUCUGAUUUUCUUCCUUCAAUUGUUUGGGACGAUACCCACUUUGUCAAAUUGUUCCUUGACGAACAAAGAACUGGCCGAUAUCCCUGUGAAUUUUCUCAACCAUGCCAAAACACCAGAGCUUGUGGAUUGGAUGGUAGGUAUUAGGAGGAAAAUACACGAGAACCCAGAACUUGGGUAUGAGGAAUUUGAGACCAGUAGGCUUAUCAGAGAUGAGCUUGAUAAGAUGGGCAUCCCUUACAAAUACCCAGUUGCAGUUACUGGCAUCAUCGGCCAUAUCGGGACUGGUAAACCACCGUUCGUUGCGAUAAGAGCAGAUAUGGAUGCUCUUGCUAUGCAGGAAAGUGUGGAAUGGGAGCACAAGAGUAAAAUCCCUGGGAAGAUGCACGCAUGUGGGCAUGAUGCCCAUGUUGCCAUGCUUUUAGGAGCGGCUAAAAUCCUUCAAGAAUAUCGCGAUAAUUUGCAGGGAACUGUUCUUCUUCUUUUCCAACCAGCAGAGGAAGGUGGUGGGGGAGCGCAGAAAAUGAUCGAGGCUGGAGCACUGGAGAAUGUUGAUGUUAUCUUUGGGCUCCAUGUUGCCACUGAUGUACCCAUUGGUUCAGUGGCUUCCAGGCCUGGCCCUACCAUGGCUGGAAGUGGCUUCUUUGAGGCAGUAAUAAGUGGAAAAGGGGGUCAUGCAGCCAUCCCUCAGCAUACAAUAGAUCCAAUUUUGGCAGCCUCCAACGUGAUUGUUAGCUUGCAGCAUCUUGUGUCACGUGAAGCUGAUCCUCUGGAUUCACAAGUAGUUACAGUUGCAAAGUUCCAAGGAGGUGGCGCAUUUAAUGUUAUUCCAGAUGCUGUAACAAUUGGUGGCACCUUCCGAGCAUUUUCAAAAGAAAGCUUUAUGCAACUCAAACAGAGAAUUGAGGAGGUUAUCACAGCACAAGCUGCGGUGCAGAGGUGUAGUGCAAGUGUUGAUUUCCUUUCAGACAAGAAACCCUUUUUUCCUGCAACGGUAAACAGCGAAGAACUGCAUGAGUACUAUCUGAAGGUCGCGGGGGAUAUGCUUGGUGUGCAAAACCUUAAAGUCAUGCCCCCAUUGAUGGGAUCAGAGGACUUUGCAUUUUUCUCAGAGGUCAUACCUGCGUACUACUUCUUCCUUGGGAUGAAGAACGAGACACGUGGACCUCUUGCAUCUGGUCACUCCCCUUAUUUCACAAUUAAUGAGGAUGCACUUCCUUAUGGUGCAGCACUACAUGCAUCUUUGGCUACAAGGUAUCUUAUUGAGUUCCAAUCCAAGUCUCAGUUAGCAGCAGAGGGGAAGGUCCAUGAUGAAUUGUGAGGCAAUUCUUGUAUUAUCAAUGGGUGCAGGUGCAAUUACAUCUCAUGUUCCUGACUUUUGGUGCCACGAAUCUGCAGCAGUUAAAACAUUUUUCAUGUUUCAGUAAUUAAAACUGAUCUGUGUGUAAAUCAGUGACAGGGGUGUGAUAAUGAUACAGAUUACAGAUCCAUCUGAAAUAUUUAUAGUUUGGAGAUAA